AUGGCGGAGUAUGUCCAUGCGGAAAUGAGCGCUGCACCGCUCCAAAAUAAUACUGAAAGUAUGAGGGCGCACUUAACAGACCUGACUGAGCGAGCUGCCGCCAAGGAUGCCGUCAAAGAUUUCAACGCUGCUGCUGAGCUUUAUUCUGAGGCUACAGAGCUCCAAGCUAGGUUAAAUGGGGAGUUGUCGCUGGACAAUGCCGACCUACUAUAUUCCUAUGGAAAAUCUCUUUACAAUGUUGCGCUGAGCAAGAGUGAUGUCCUUGGUUCCAAAGUAGCUGGAGAAAGUCAGACACAGGUACAUGAUCCGCUUACUGUGAAUGCAUCCUCGUCUGGGACAGCAUCUGUUGGCGAUAGCCUUGUUCAGGAUGCCAUUUCCAAUGGACUGGCACAGAAGGAGGUGCUUGCUGGAAAGGCGCAGUCUCAGAAGGUUGAGGAAAAGCCUUAUUUUCAAUUCACAGGAGAUGAGAACUUUGACGCCUCUGAUUCCGACAGUGAGGAUAAAAGCGAUGGUGACGGGGGUGUCGAAGAAGAUGAAGAUGACUUCGCCAAUGCUUUUGAAGUCCUCGACCUUGCGCGCAUACUGUACCUCAAGAAAUUAAACGCAGCGGAAGAAAAAUGUGGGAAAGGCAAAGCCGCAGAUCUACCUCAUCAUAUAAAACAAAUUAAGGAGCGCCUUGCAGAUACGUACGAUCUCCAGGCCGAGAUCUCGCUAGAAGCUGAACGUUUCACGGACGCAGUGACUGAUCUCAAAACGGCACUCGAUUUGAGACAGUCUUUGUUUCCAAUGGAGGAUCCAUCGAUCGCCGAAUGUCAUUAUAAGCUUUCGCUUGCCCUGGAAUUCGCGUCUGUCAAUAAGGCAGAUGACAAUUCUGCUGGUAGCAAGAGCGAUAGGAUGGCUAAUGAACAAAUGAGAAAAGAAGCGGCGAGUCAAAUGGAAAAAGCAAUUGAAAGCUGUCAAGUGAGAAUGGCUCAGGAGCAGAAGAUAUUAGAUAACAGUAGUACCAUGGAGGAAGACAAAGCAACCGCUAUGAAGAGAAAAAUAGCCAAUGUGAAGGAUAUCAUAGCAGACAUGGAGCAAAGGCUUGUUGAUUUAAAGCGCCCCCCGGUAUCACUCGAAGAUCAUGAGGAGAGGAAUGAAGCUAUGCUGAAAGGUAUCCUGGGUCAGAUAAUGGGGCAGCCUCCUUCGGAGCAGGUGGUACAGUUGGACAAAGUUACGAAGGGAGCGAAUGAUCUCUCUGCGUUUGUCAGACGGAGACCCGGUGGUAGCCAACAACUGGCAUCUACACAGAAGCGCCCAGCUCAGGAAAGUGACCAGGAAGGAGAUGUGAAAAGAACACGAGUCGGCAACACAAACGGUUCCCCUUAG